AGAGAAGGAAAUAGAAUUCGAUAUAAGACGACAUCCCAAUUAAGGGCCAACCGUUCUCAGACUGAAGCCGCAAUGGCCACAGCCAUGUCGAUAGCGUACCAUAAACCCCCUUCUUCUUCUUCUUCUUCUUCUUCACCAUGGUCAUCAUCACUAAUUCCUGCACCACGUGGUGGCUCCUCCUCUGCUUCUUCGGCGGCGUCGCCUACCAGGCGUGAGGAGCGGCGGAACUUGCCCACGGCGGCGGCGGCGUUGGUUGCGGGCGGAACCGCAGCCCUCGCCAUGGCGGCGUCGGCGCAGGCGCUGCCGGUCGACGCUCCCGUCUUGGCGCUUGCCGCCCUCCAAGAGCCCGAGAACGCGCUCUCGUUGCCCACCUGGGCCAUCCACGUCUCCAGCGUCAUUGAAUGGGUCAUCGCGAUGGUGUUGGUGUGGCAGUACGGGGAGAAAUCCGGUUUCCAGACCUGGAAAGGUCUCACCUGGGGAAUGGUUCCACUUCUUGGAGGAGCACUUUGUGCAUGUACAUGGCAUUUCUUUUAUAAUGCUGAGUCCCUUGAGAUACUGGUGGCUCUUCAAGCUGCAUUGACAGUUCUUGGCAACAUGACAAUGUGUUUUGCUGCAUUUCGAAUAUAUAAAGCAUCUCAAGAAGGCUCAAAAAGCUCCUAAGUAUUAUUACUCCAUGAUCGAAUGAAAGGUAACAUAUUGUUAUUUCCUUUGUCGAUAUGCCACAGAGACUCUCUCUACUCCUUCCCAAUGAAGAAGGCCUGUUUGUAAGUGUAUUAUGCCACAUAUUUCUCAAAACUCAGGCUAGCAAAAGAAAAAAAAAACCAUUUAUAAUUCA